UGCUGUUCACCAGCGUGUCCACUAGAGGCCGCUCCAAAGGCAUUUGGACAUUUAGCGUUUUGACCCCGGUGACCCGCUUGGGUUCGGUUCAGUUAAAAAUGGACAGCGCAGCGCAGUGCAGGCCCGUCGACCACAAAAGAAUCGUCUGACGGUGUGCCCGUGUUUGCUGCGCUUGUCAAAUGCUUUCGCACGCAGACGGAUGAGACACCACGCCAGGAAAGAGGAACAAUAAAUCAUUUGACAUCAUUCAAAUGGCCUCAACCCCAAAAACCGGCCUUUGAAUUGACUUGUUUCACAUUUUCCCACUGUAAAAACGAAUGAAGUUCGAUUUUAAACAUUAAGUUAUGACUGUACAGGCUUGUUCUGAUUGCACAUCAAUAUGAAAUAUUUCCUUCAAAUGAAUUCUGCAAUGAUGGAAUUAUUUCUUUUAUGAGUUACUGAAGAAAAAAAACAAGUGCUCCUCGGGAGUGUUUUUAUUUCGUAUUUUCUGUUUGUCAUCCUGUGUAAACGUAACCGUCCCUUUUUUUUUUUUGUUUGUUUUGUUUUCUUUUUCCCUCUAAGCGACUGCACGUAAUUCGAAACACCCGCGAGUUCUGUCACUCCCACAUCUGCUCGGCUGCCAAAAAAAAAAAAAAAGAAAGCGGCAGUCAAGUUCUGUCCUGCAACCGUCGCUCACCUGUUGGCGCUCUCUCGGUUCCUCUGACGGCGUUUUUUAAGUUUUUGAUUUAUUGAUGUUUGUGUUUGUUUUUAGGACAAGGUAAUAUGUCAAAGUGUUUCCUUUCUCGUGUUUUGACCAGAAGGCAAAGUGCUGGAAGUGGAAUAUGACUAAGUUGAACGUGUGUCACGAGGAUGGCCGACGCGGCGCAGCUCGAUGUCGCCCAACUCUUCAAAACCGGUCGCCUUGAGUUUGGGAAAGAAGGUCGGUCAAGCUUCGGCACGGCAAGGAAGUGUCUGAUGCUCGGGGGAGCGGGUGCGCGGUCACGGUGACGCAGCCACGACUUCUUUUGCCGCUGAAGCGCAUUGAAUGUGAAACCUCACAGUCGAGAUUCCAAAUGCAUGUUUCGUGACUCCAGUCCUGGAUCUUGUCUGACAGACUUUGGAAAAACCUUUUUCUGUUUCACGGCAUGCGAACUGGAGUUCACGCGGUUGUUGCGACGACAAUUCGCGCCCGGCCUGAGCUUUUGCCGUCGAGAUGAUCAGAAAGAUGUUGACACCUGAUUGUCGGGCUCGGCGGCAACUUUCCAGUUGUUGCUCGUGCGCUUUGCGCUGGGUGCGUCGCUGUCAUGCCAUUCCAGUACACACCUGAACUGCGUGUGCGACUGCGGAACUAGCCGGACAAACGGGUUUAGCAUCACGCAGAAGCGACCAGGAGGAGGUUAUUAAAAUUAGUAUUAAGGGUUUUUGAGCGUCACGAUCAAGCUUUUGGUCGACCUUCUUUUGCCGCAGGAAGACUUUGACGUGGUCCAUCGAUGGUUGAGCGCUCACUGAAAGGGAUCGGGGAUCAACAGCACCAAGUCUUGGUCUUCAACACAGGAGAAAAUGCGGCCAGAAGAGAAUGCGUCAGCGGCGUCGGGGUUGGUUGGCGCGGCCCAAAGUGGAAUAGAUGCGCUUGAACUUGGCAACAUCGCACACAACGCUGAUGUGGAAGGACUGCUGGACCCCGGCUCGAGACUCUCUCAAAAUCUAGUAUCAGUCCAACCACCUGAUUCUCCGCCGGUGGAUUCUUUAUUGAGUGGGACAACUGCGAGCGACUUCGAAGUGGUUUCGUCCUUACAAAACCUGGAUUUCAGCUUCGACUCUGACUACGGCAGCAUUCGCUCCGGCCCCGCGAUGCCAGCGCGGCUUUUCAGUGGCGACUUAAGCGAACACAGUGGAAGCUCCUCGGGAAAGACGGAAAAGGGUCGGUCCAACGUGAAGGCGAAACAUAGAACUGCUUCCAAGCUGACUAAAAAAAUGAAGAAUGGCAGCCCGGCAAAGGACGAGAACCACGAACAAGAGCGUGGAAGCGCACGGUCCCAGCGCAGCGUCACCGAGGGGGUCAGUUGCUGCUACAGGUCCGUGCACAGGGGCUGUCUGCAGUGCGUGGAGGAGACGCCAGCCAUGUUGUCCGGACUGGUGCUGUCCUUGGCGUUCUGCGUGGCCAUCAUCGUCCUCAUUCCCAGCACGGGAAGGAACAUUGACGUCCACGUGGGAGCGCUGUCAGUGGUCUGCGUGGUUCUGAGUCUGAGCGCCGGCCUGCUCGUGUGCCUGCCGUGGCUGGCCACCGUUAGGCGUUGCGCCGGCGCGCUGGCUCUCUUCGUUUGGGGGACGCUGUACGUGACCGCCAUUGUUUUCAUCUUCACCGGAGGACCUGUCACGACGUGGGAACAGGUCGCCUUCUUUCUCUUCCUGUCCCUGAGUGUGUACACAGUUCUGCCUCUCUCGCUGGCCUGGGCUCUCAUGGUUGGGAUUUGGACCAGUGUCACGCACAUCAUCAUCAUCAGCGUUUAUGUCCCGGUCACGAGUCCUCAGACCCCAGACUUGGCAGUGCAGCUGGUGGCAAACGGCAUGCUGUUCUUGUGUGUGAACUGCAUCGGGGUUUUCCACCUUUGGACCACUGAACAUGAUCUCAGGAUAUCCAAUCAGAAGAGAGAGGACUUCAGCGAAAUCCGCUCCCAGAAGGAAAUACGGAAAUACCAGCAGGAGCGUCUCCUGCUGUCGGUGUUGCCACGUUACAUCGCCAUGGAGCUGAAAACCGAAGUGAUAAAGAGGCUGACCAAGCCCAAGAGCGACAAAGAAAAUGUGCAGAACUUCCACAACUUCCACAGCUUGUACGUGCGCCAGCACAAAGACGUCAGCAUCCUGUACGCGGACAUCGUGGGCUUCACAAAACUGGCCAGUAGCUGCACACCAGAGGAGCUCGUCGCCGUGCUCAACAAGCUCUUCGGCCGCUUCGACGACAUCGCCAAGAAGAACGGAUGCCUUCGCAUUAAAAUCCUGGGCGACUGCUACUACUGCGUGUCAGGUCUGCCCGACCCGAUCCCGACGCACGCCAGCAACUGCGUUCAGAUGGGCUUGGACAUGUGCACCGCUAUCAGUAAACUGCGAGAGGCCACAGACGUGGAGAUCAGCAUGCGCGUCGGCGUUCACACGGGCAACGUACUCUCCGGCGUGAUCGGCUUGCAGAAGUGGCAAUACGACGUGUGGUCACAUGACGUCACGCUAGCCAACCACAUGGAGUCCGGAGGCGUUCCUGGGAGAGUUCACAUCACCGAGGAGACGCUGCGACACUUGAACGGAGCGUACCAGGUAGAGGACGGCGACGGGGGGAGUCGAGAUCCUCUUCUUCGAGGAAGGCGAACCUACUUGGUGCUGGACCCCAACGACUCCCACAGCCCGCUCAAAAGAUCUCAAACGGCAAACCUUCUCGGCACUGUUGAGAACCGGCAGCGGGCGUCCAUGCGCAUGUCUCAGUACCUUCAGUCGUGGCAGAACAUCCGGCCCUUCGCCGAGCUCAGCAAUCAUCACGGCAAGCCGCCCAGGAAGAUGGACGGAGUCGAAGUGAACCAGCAGCAAUCGACCGCCGAAAGACCGCCUUGUCAGAACACCCCCUCCUGUUUGGUCGUCGAUAACGGCGUGAGGGGAUCGCUGGACACGCUGGACACCGCCGGGAGGAGAGCCAAGAGACUCAACUGUCUGACGUUGCUGUUCAAUGACGUGCGGCUGGAGAAGCAGUUUCGGCUGUCGGAGGUGAACGGCGUACACCAGUCCAUGAGCUGCCUUGCUCUGGUCUUCGUCACCCUCUUUGCUGUGCAGAUGCUCGUUUCGGACAAGAACUUUGAAUUGGCCGUGUCCUACAGCGCCACCUUCCCUGUGCUGGUGCUUCUUUUGUCCAUCGCGUUCUGCGGCUACUUGCAGAAGAAAUGGCAUUCCAAGGUACCGCCCCGCAUCAACUGGAUCUCGGGACUGUCCCGCAGCAUCUCCACCAGGGCGGCCUUGCGGCUGUUCAUCGUCUGCCUGAGUUUGCUCAUCACGCUUCUCAUGGCCAUCCUCAACUUUGUCUUCAUCCCGGGAAACAACUGCACGGACGUUAGCGACAGGAGCUCGCUGGAGGCGCUCAAACUCUACACCGUGCCUUACUACCUGUACUGCUGCCUGCUGGCCAUGCUGGGAGUCGUGGUCUUCGUGCGGAUAUGUUUGUCGGUGAAGGCUCUGCUGCUCACGCUGGCCGUGGUGGUUUACUUGGCCCUCUUCCUCCACGUGUACGCCGCUCGCUCGUUCUGCCUCAUCAGCCUGCUCUACGGAAACGCCACCAGGCCCGGCGUGCUGAAGGACCCUCAGAUCAUGUCCGGAGUUUGGCUGGUCAUCUUUUACAUUGUCUGCCUCAUUCUGGCCAGACAGGACGAGCUGGGCUGCCGGGUGGACUUCCUGCUGGAACACUGCUUCAAGCUGGAACAAGAGGAGAUGGAGACAGUGGAGAAUGUCAACAAACUUCUCCUGGAGAACGUUCUACCCCUUCACGUGGCCUCCUUCUUCAUCGGCAAAACUGUCCGCAACCAGGACCUGUACAGCCAGUCGUAUGAGUGCGUGUGCAUCAUGUUCGCCUCCGUGCCUCAGUUUAAGGAGUUCUACAGCGAGAGCAGCGCCAACAGAGACGGUCUGGAGUGUUUACGUUUCCUCAACGAGAUCAUAGCCGACUUUGACGAGCUUUUGUCCAAGCCCAAAUUUUCGUCGGUGGAGAAGAUCAAGACCAUCGGCAGUACGUACAUGGCGGCUGCGGGGCUGACGCAAUCAUCGGAUGACAGGAAGAAAUGUGACAUGUCCUACAGCCACGUGCGGGCCAUGGUGGAGUUUGCCAUUGCGCUGAUGGGCAAACUGGAGCUCAUCAACACGCACUCCUUCAACAGCUUCAAACUGCGAAUCGGAAUAAACCAAGGCCCGGUCAUUGCCGGAGUCAUCGGCGCUCAUAAACCGCAGUACGACAUCUGGGGGAACUCGGUCAACGUGGCGAGCAGGAUGGACAGCACAGGGGUGUUGGACAGGAUACAGGUGACAGAGGAGACGGCCCAGGCGGUCCAGAGCGUGGGCUACGGCAUCACGCUCCGAGGGGUCAUCAACGUCAAGGGCAAAGGGGAGCUGACCACGUACUUUGUCAAUACGGAGCAGUCAUCGCCGCAGUUCUGAACACUGCUUGCCCGUCCGGUGCGGGAGAGCCGACGUUGCUGUCCGGCGACGCACGACGGGACGCUUCUGUCUUCCCGGCGAGACGCUAAAUGUGAUCCUGAUCAGUUGAAUGAUCGUGCAACUAGUAUGUAGUUGCAUAGGAUUAUUUUUCGUUUUUUUUCAAACGUCACACCCUUGACGGGUUGCUGACUUAAAUGAAGGAAGUUUUAUCAUUAUUAUUAUUUUUGCUGAGAGUUAAAUGGUCUACAUCAGCCAUCCAUCCAUUUUCUGAGCCGCUUAUCCUCACAAGGGUUGCGGGAGCAUUAGGUUUUACUUGAGUAAAUUUCUACAAGGAGAUCCAUUUAUACCAGUUUUCUUUUUCCCCUCCCACACUUGUGCUUCCAGUCACGUCGGCAGUACAACCAAAGAAAUGGUGUCAUUAUUAGAAUGAUGUAAAAAUAUGUAACAUUCAGAUGAAAUAUAUAUUUUGUUGUUGUUUUUUUAGCUAUAUAUUGUACAUAUUGUGGAAAUACUAUUUAUGAACUAA